AUGCAGAAACAACGCGCGGAGCCGGAUCUGAGAAUCUUGUCGAAGAAACAGGCAGGCGGGGGAUUGAACAUCCCUAGGGAUAUUGGACUGUUACCUGCAACUUACAUCCCACCGCCCCUAUCCACGCUCCCCAAAUCCCCCGUCUUCCUCGCCAACCUCCUCUACCGGCACAUCCGCUUCAAGCUCCGCGACUUCUCCCACCGCGCGAUCCUCAAAUACGGCGGACCGCGCCUCGGCGCCGGGAAACGGUUCUGGCAGAUCGGGCGCGCGAAAGUGCGGCACCCGAAACGGUCGCAGGUGAAGAAGAUGGCGUUGGCGCUGUAUAGUGACGUCUAUCAGGCGUUUGCGCAGAAGGAUGUGAAGAAAUUGAGGAAGAUUUGUGCGGAUGGCUUGCUUGGGAGUAUGACGGAGAAGAUGAGGGGACUUGGGGGGGAACGCGUGGAAUGGGAGAUGAGGUUGAAGGGGGCGAGGGUUGUAGGUCAUAGGGUUGUUAAUUUGGGGGUCGAGGGGAUUGCGUGUAGACAGUGUGUUGUGAGGAUUGAUAGUGUGCAGAAGUUGACGAGGUGGAGGAGUGGGCAGGUGGUGGAGGGGAGUGGGAGGGAGAGGGGGGUGAGGGAGUUUUUUGUCGUGCAGAGGAUGAUGAAGGGGUGGGAGGAGGGGAGGUGGGAUGCUUGGGGGAUGGUGGAGCCGACGGAUCCGGAGGUGGAUUUUGAGAGGUGGAGGGAGGAGGGGCUGAUGUAG